UAGAGAAAGACUUGCCGGAAAGGGCACAGUAUCAAGUGCAACGUCGCAGCGUCCUCAUCUUUUGGGAUAUUUUUAAAGAUCGAAUUUAAUUUUGAAUACAUCAUGAAGUUUUUGGUGAUCGUUUUUGUGGCCUUCAUUGCAAUUGCCUCCGCUCUGCCACAGUUCGGACUUGGAGAAGGAUUUGGAGGAUUCGGAGGAUUUGGAGGAUCUGGUGGUCAACAGCAACAGCAACAACAACAAGAAAGCUUCGGAGCAGGAUUCGGCGGAGGUUUCGAGCAGCAACAGCAACAAGAAAGCUUUGGUGGAGGAUUCGGAGGUUUCCAGCAGCAACAGCAGCAGCAGCAAGGAGGCUUCUUCUAAAGCUAUUUCGUCAUUAAAUUAAUUAAAUAAUAUCUUAAGGAUCUAAUAACGAUAGAACCCAAUGAUUCAUGCAAAAAUUAAGAAUUCAUGAUUUUCGUAAACAUUCUAAUGAUAAUAAUUCAAUUAAUUUGAUUAACAAAGAGCAUAUGCCAGUGAGAGCUAGAUUGAAAACCUGUAUUUUUAGUGGGCCCGUCAGCUCCAGAAAGGUUGACAACCAUACUUGAAAUCAAGUAUUUUACAUCUUCUGUGAACGCAAAUGUCUAUGAUCGGAGCAAAAGGGAAGUCUGAGCUGUGAUCUGUCCGUGUCCAACCAGUUUUGAGUGUCAAUAAGGCAAACAAAAAUCAGAUAAAUACACACUACCAGCAGCCAAAAAUCAAACAGUUCACUUUAGCAUUUCAGCCAACUAAGAUUGUUAGCUGGAAAAAUAAAACCGAAAACUCAAAAUGCAAUUCCUGAUGAUUGUGUUUGUGGCCUUUUUCGCCGUGGCAAACGGUCAGUUUUUUGGAGAACUGAUUCGGGAUUUUGAGCGAUUUGAACAAGGUCAACAGCAACAACAGCAGCAACAGAGUAACUUUGGCGGUGGACAGCAGCAGCAGCAGCAGGAGCAGGGUGUCAUCUUUAGAGGUCCCUUCGGUGGCAGCGUUGAGUUUUUCCAGGAGCAACAGCAACAGCAGCAAGGUGGCGGCGGAGGUCAACAGCAGCAACAACAGCAGCAGCAAAACUUCGAUUUCUUUGGUUGAGCAUUAUUUCAAUCUGCCAACCAGACUAUAGUCAACGCAUCACUUUACGUAAGAGAAGAAAGCCAUUAUCUUAAAGAUACGCAUUAGACAAC